AAACGGCUUAUUGACAAUCUUUAUUUCCGGAUGGAGUAUUUCUAUUUGAUUAGCUGCUAACGCGUCAUGGUGUUAGACAGAAUGACUUCUACAUAAACAGCAAAUACAAACACGAAAGAGGCUUUGAAUUGGACCAAUGCUGAGAAUCAGAGAGAUUAGGGAGUACAAAGGAAAGCCUCGUACGAUUUCCAGCUCCACCACCCGCGUCGGUAAAUAUCAUGAAGCUGAUGAUGCCGCUUACAUGCAGUCUAGCUCCGGCUAUGGAACACCUUCAAGUCAAUACGACAAUUAUACGCAUGGCGGCUCUACGAUAAGGCAACAUCUUCGAUCUUCGGACAAGCACUCUUACCCUACUCACAGAGAAUAUUCCGACAAAGAAAGAUAUGAAAGUGAGAAACCCUCGGUCAGCAAAGAAGACAAGCUCUUAAGGGAAGGGCACAGCUUGCAAAAGGUCUCAAAAUUGAAAUGGAAAACACAGGACCGAGCAAGACAGAAAAUUCAAGAUGAGUGGAAUCGGGACCAUCAAGAGGAAGACGAUUAUCCAGAGGCAGAGGAGCGCUGGUGGGAUGAAGGCGCAGCACAGCUCCGCCGAGCUCCGGACCCAGAAACGAGAGAGGUUCGAAGAACAGUUAACCGAUCUGUGACUGUAAGCGAGCGGGAUGAUCGCGGACAAUCUAGUCAUUAUGGAUACUCCGCAACAGCACACUACCCCCACCACUAUGGAACACAACUUGCCGGAAGAUCUACCUGGUACUACUUUGAGGGUAACGACGAUCGCGAUAGUCACCGGCACAGAUAUCAUUGAUGACCACUAUCGAUCCCGAAAAGGCUGUCACUCGUUUAGCUGCUCUCAUUCCUGUUCACCGCCAUAUCUCCUCUCUUUCAAUGAAGUUCUAGCCUUAGUAUGCCGCUGUGCAUACUAAAGGCACUCUUCAUGGUUUAACUGACACUUCGUAUAACUCACUGGAAGCUUUCUAGGUAGAAGAAACAAUCUUUCAUCAAUAGCUGCUUAUUUAUUAUUGCUGU